CAAUACCAAACUUCGCAUCCACAAACAUGACUCACAGCGAAACCUUGACCUCGAUGUAUGAGCCUCGAAAUUAGGCCUAGAUCUACCCGACAGAUGUCUUCACACGUAGAGUACCAGAAAUUUCGGCGCGGGGAAUCCUGCACCGAGGAAGGUUGCCGGGCGCGGAAAUUCUACAUCGAGGACGGGAAGAAAUUCUGCCAGAGAGGCCACGAGCAAGCCGGAUUCACACAAACUCAGCAAGAUGAAGAUGAUUGGAAUGCUCAAGGCAAGAAAACGCGAAGGGCGCGCGAGCAGAGAGAGCGUGUUGAGACGGUGUUGAGUGGGGGCGAGGCACGUGUGCUGUUUUUGGAGUGCUAUCAGUUGAUUCUGUGGAAGCAGUGUCACUGGUUGGUUAAUGUGAAAGGCUUCCCUCGAGAGUUGGAGACGGUCAUGAGGGAUUUGUGGGGCUUGAGGAUGGGCAUUAUCCAGAAGGUGGGGGAUGAGCGGGAUGGAUAUGGCUCAGGAACGGGCACGAUGAUGUUCAGUUCUGCGAGUGAAGGGGAGAGCCUGGAUUCUGAUGCCACCGGGGGAAAGAGCUUGGGAUCGAGGAGGAGUAGGAAAAGCGUGGCGGCAGAGGAAAGGCUUCCACGACUGAUUGAGACAUUGGGACUUUGCUACCUUGGAACCCUGCUUUUGAGAUUACCCACAAGCCUGGGUGAGUUUUACAAAUGGGCAGCCCACGAGGAAUUAGUUUAUACACGAGCUAUCAAAGAAGUCCCAAAAGAGAUGCGAUCCAAGCUACCCGGUCACUUCUUCUCAGCUCUUGAAAUUAGAGCUCCAUUGAAGGGAGGAACUCUUUACAGUGCAGCUUUAGAUCUGGUUGAGUUCUACAACCUCCAUUUUGAGAUGGUCUUCCCACCAUUGAAUUAUCCCUUGCUCAUAUUCAAGCACAUAAGAGAUCUUGGACUUCCAGUUGAGAUCUAUCCAGCUGUUCGCCGCCUAGCUACUUUACUCGAGCUGGAUUUCUCGUUUCCGAUAUUGCACAAGAAAACUUACAGAGUUUCUGGUUAUCCCGAAAUACAGUUGAUGAGCCUGAUUGUCAUUGCGACAAAGCUCAGCCACCCAUUUGAUGACAUUAAGCGGGUCCCUUAUAGUGAGACCGAUCCCACGACGGUCAAAGUAGAUUGGGCAAAAUGGAGGAAAAUAAUGGCAGAAGCUCCGACCAAGGGUUUGAGAAGAGGCGAGGAGAUUAAGAUCACGGACGCAGACGUCAUGAAAAUGAGUGGGAAACAGAUGGAUGAUUAUUUGGACUGGUAUCAGCGAACGUGGAUUGAUGAUCGGAAUCCGGAGAUUGCUGAGCAAAUUCUCGAGCUGUUCUCACUUUCAGAUCUACCUCCCUCACUGGCACAAGAUUCGGAUUAUGAGCAACGUGUGGAACACUUGAAGGAGGUCCAGAGAAAUUUGACUCUUCAGAAUUGGAAGCCUGUUAAAUUUGGUGAGGGUGAUGAGAUCCGGAGGCCAGGUGAGCUUUACAAACGUUAUCGACGGGUCGAGGAGCUUCACGAAAACGCUAAGGAGUUUCACGAGCUUGCUGGUGGGAGUUUUCCUUUCAUAUUCGAAAGCAAAAGCUAAUUGUGGAUAGCAUUAAUUGCGGGAAUCUCGCUGAAAAUGCUGGUUCAAGGGGUAUUUCAGUUUGAAGUUCAGCUAGACAAUUGGCUUUUGGCGGAAAGGAAGAAACGCUUGAUGGAGGAGGAGCAAAGGCUUGCGCUAGGGAGUUGAUGAUUCAUAUCGAGCAUAUCGAAAGUACCCUUGAAUCGGAGGUCGGCAUCGGUAGUGUUCUGUUUUCGGUGUUCAGG